CACCAAGUUUGAGUUUCGCAACCGAGGUUCCCUGCACUGACGUGCUGCAUCCUUUAUCGAUCGUUUUCCCUAUACAUUCCGACAGAUCUCCAAGCAUAUUUGGUUUGUUUACGGUACUGCUACCGGACAACCCGUUGCUCUUCUUGAUAAACUUGCCUCUAGGAAAUCGGAAGACCCAGGCAAUCGCAGUGCUUUAGGCUGAGAUCGUCUUUCAGCUGCCCUCACUAGGACCAACCAAAUACCCCAGAGAACGUCUUGUAUCACCAUUACGUUUCAUCAUCGGAUACUAUGAACAAUUGAGCGGAUACCAGACAACCAUGAACAAUUCGUCGCGCAUGUAUGUGUCGGCACACAACCAGGAGGAGGAGCCACCGGCAUACGAUACUUAUGGAGAGGCGGUCUAUGACUCUCCUCCGGCACCAUCUCGCCUUAAUGGGGCCACAAUGCGGCUGCUUCCCACCAGCACGACUGUGGAGAGUGAUUUAAGCGCGGAGACGGGACCGGCCUCGGAGUAUCACUAUGGGGAUCCUUAUACCGAUGAUGGCAGAAGUGAACGCGAACGAUACUUCCACUAUGACCCGAGCGAGUCUCCUUCACGGCCCAUGUCGAGUCUAGGAAACGUACCAACGAUCCCCCCGCCAGCAGCAUCAACGGUAGAUGUCCCACACUAUACUUCCCGCCCAGGUUCUCCCGCACGACCUUGGUCACCGAAUCGUGUAGGAAACUGGGCCAGACCCCCAGCACCCCCGUCUGUCGCAAGCUCGCAGUAUGAACGCGCGGAUCUCAACGGCAGUCCACGGCCGGGCACCCCCAGUUCAAGAUACGGGGGCAGCCCUAGACGACCGCUGCCGCCGGCACCGCUGUUUUCGGUCCCAGGGGGACAGGAUGCUAGCAUUCCUAUCAAUGAAGCAGAUGUAUUCGGUGGUGGCGGCCGGACAAUUGACCCCAGACAUGAUAACCGAGCCAGCAUGCAAUCUUUCAUGAGCGAAUCUACAAUCAUCGACGAGAAGGAUGCAAUGUCGAAGAUCGAUUUGGACGAUGGCCUGGACGAUGGUCUGGAUGAAACCGAUGAGAUGGUCGACCCUAACAUGCAUUAUGGCCCAGCCCCGGAAAAGCAGAGCCGUCGAGGUGUUCGCGAAGCCCAGAUGUCAAGGAAAGAAGUCCAACUGAUUAACGGUGAACUGAUCUUGGAGUGCAAGAUCCCAACUAUUCUGCACUCCUUCCUGCCUCGACGAGAUGACCGCGAAUUUACCCAUAUGCGAUAUACGGCGGUGACCUGUGACCCUGACGACUUUACCCAGCGAGGCUAUAAGCUGCGCCAGCAGAUCGGCACUACCAUGCGCGAGACGGAAUUAUUCAUCUGUAUUACAAUGUAUAACGAGGAUGAGAUCGGCUUCACCCGGACUAUGCAUGGUGUCAUGCAGAAUAUCACCCACUUCUGCUCGCGAUCCAAAUCGCGUACGUGGGGUAAGAAUGGUUGGAAAAAGAUCGUGGUCUGCAUCAUCGCCGAUGGUCGCAAGAAGGUCCACCCCCGGACCCUGAAUGCUUUGGCAGCCCUGGGCGUCUACCAGGAAGGCAUCGCCAAGAACGUUGUCAACCAGAAACAGGUCAACGCGCACGUCUAUGAGUACACGACACAGGUGUCGCUUGAUCCAGACCUGAAGUUCAAGGGUGCCGAGAAGGGUAUCAUGCCAUGCCAGGUCAUCUUUUGUCUGAAGGAACAUAACAAAAAGAAGUUGAACUCGCAUCGUUGGUUCUUCAACGCUUUUGGUCGAGCGCUACAGCCGAACAUUUGCAUCCUGCUCGAUGUCGGUACCAAGCCUGCGCCCACCGCACUGUACCACCUCUGGAAAGCAUUCGAUCGGAAUUCCAACGUGGCGGGGGCGGCGGGUGAAAUCAAGGCCGGUAAAGGAAAGGGAAUGCUCGGUCUCCUAAACCCGCUGGUUGCCAGUCAGAACUUCGAAUAUAAGAUGUCCAACAUCUUGGACAAGCCGUUGGAAUCGGUCUUCGGCUAUAUCACGGUGCUUCCUGGAGCGCUCAGUGCGUAUCGGUUCUUCGCUCUGCAGAACGACGCUGAGGGCAACGGGCCCCUCAACCAGUACUUCAAGGGAGAAACGCUACACGGACAAGAUGCCGACGUGUUCACCGCCAACAUGUACCUGGCAGAGGAUCGUAUUCUCUGUUGGGAGCUGGUCGCCAAGAGGGAAGAAAGAUGGGUUUUGAAGUUUGUGAAGAGUGCUGUUGGUGAAACCGACGUUCCAGACUCGAUUCCUGAGUUCAUCUCGCAGAGACGACGGUGGUUGAAUGGUGCCUUCUUUGCAGCCGUGUAUUCGAUUGUCAAUGCAAAGCAGCUCUGGAAAACGGACCAUUCACUGGCUCGGAAGAUCCUCCUUCAAAUUGAGGGCUUCUAUCAGUUCAUGCAACUGAUCUUCACGUACUUUGGCUUGGCAAAUUUCUAUCUCGUAUUCUAUUUCAUAGCUGGUUCACUCACCGACGAAAAAAUAGAUCCCUUUGGCCACAAUAUAGGCAAAUAUAUCUUCAUUAUAUUGAGAUAUGCCUGUGUUUUGGUCAUGUGUCUACAGUUCAUCAUUUCAAUGGGUAAUCGACCACAAGGUGCCAAAAAGCUAUACCUUUCCGGAAUCAUUGUGUUCUCAAUCGUCAUGUUCUACACUAUUUUCUGCACAGUUUAUCUGGUUGUGAUCGAACUCAUCGCCAGAGCCGGUGGUGAUUCGUCAUUAACAGUGAGCAAUGGACUAUUCAUAAACAUCGUCAUGUCGCUGCUCUCCACCGUCGGUCUCUACUUCUUCGCCUCGUUCCUCUACCUCGACCCGUGGCACAUGUUCACCUCCUCUGCAGCCUACUUCAUCCUGCUCCCCAGUUACAUCUGUACCCUGCAAGUGUACGCAUUCUGUAACACUCAUGACGUGUCCUGGGGUACCAAGGGAGAUAACGUUCUCAACAUGGAUCUCGGUGCCGCGCGAGUGAUCAACGGAACCACCGUCGAAGUCGAAAUGCCCUCCGAGCAACUCGACAUUGACAGUGGAUACGACGCCGCGCUCCGCAACCUCCGUGAUCGUGUCGAGGUACCCGAGACACCUAUCACUGAGAGCCAAAUGCAAGAAGACUACUAUCGCGCCGUGCGUACCUACAUGGUGUCCAUCUGGAUGGUCGCUAACGUUGUCCUGGCUAUGGCCAUCUCCGAAAUAUACGGCCCUGACUCCGGCGGCACCAACAUCUACCUCGCCAUUAUCCUCUGGUCCGUGGUGGUCCUAGCCCUGAUCCGUGUGAUCGGGUCAACCACGUACGCCGUGCUACUCGUCGUGCAGAAGAUCGUCGAAGGAAAGGGCAAAUUCGACGCCGGUAAUCUCGCCAACAUGAGUGCUACCUCAAGCGCGGUCAGUGGGCAUAAUAGCACGGCGCUCCGGUAUGGCGGUGGUGUGAGUAUGAAAGAUAAAUUUUCGGAGACGAAGUGGACGAUGAAGAGACAGUUGGGUAAAGCGAUGUUUUGGAGGAAGUGAUGAUUUGAUCAUAUCUCUCACAUCUCUUGACUUUUUGGUGUUUUUCUUUCUUGGUUUCUUUCCCCCUUUCUGAUGGAAUUUUCACGACUUAAUGGAUCGAUGAACGGGAUUCUCAU